CAACCUUGUUUUAUUCUUUUCUGGAUUGUAGGCUGUCGACGCGCUGUGAUGUCUGCUUCGCCUUCACCUGGUCUUUCUUCGUCUCCCCCUCCACCCUUCUCGAGUACGUUGCUACCGUUCUUAUACUGUUGCGUAACUAAGCAACAACCAGACGAACCAGCCACUCCAGACUCUACCCUCCGCGCAAGGAACGUCUCUUCUCAAAAUGAGCAGGCUCAAAACGGCCCCUCGCUUUCCACCGCAUUCUCCGACUCUGGCAUAAGCAGCCGUCUCACACGGGAAGCCUCGCGUUCAUCCUUUCACAUGGGGACUCCCACUAGGAGGGUUCUGGUUCGCUCAGAUCCAGCGCUUUUGACAUGUUUCGAUCCUGCAGACAAGGAGUUGUAUGAUCUCUGGGCACCAAAGAGAUAAUGCACAUGGCUACAUUACUGACUACGGUUUUUGGCGACAAGUUAGUUCCUGUCCCGUAGAACAUCCGAUCUGUAUAUGUUCAAGCAACUCAGACAAGGUAUAUAGCCUCGGCGCUACCUACGUGGGAGUACAUGCUAUUGUACAUACUACAACAACGGACUAUCCACGGGGAAAUCCCAGUAGAGUCAUGCCCAUCAACAACGGUCCUCGAAGACGCCGCAGCGUCUG